AUGGUCGGUGUCCCGCGCAGCAAAGGAUGUAGAACGUGCCUGCGUCGUCGCGUGAAGUGCGACGAACUUCGCCCAGAGUGCUCCCAAUGUCAGAAAUAUGGCGUCACAUGUCCCGGGUAUUCCAAGUCGAUGAAGUUCCAGGAUGAGGGGCCGCUGUUGCGCAAGCGAUUUGGGACCCGGGCCUCUCGCGGCCACCGAACAAUACGGGUAAAAGGCGAACAGGCCCUGCCGUCAGAUUCGAUUGACGAACGCGUUCUGCCCUCCCUGGUCUCCACGUCAAUGAGCCGCCAACAAUCGGCUGUGUUUCGCGAUUUCGUCUUAUCGGCCUUUCCCCGGUGGUUCGGGCUGAACAGGCACCGAGUCCGCGUCACUUGGGCCAGCUACGUUGUCGAGCAGCUCGGGCGCAAUCAGGCCUUCGAUGCCGCUAUCUAUUGCAUCACCUGUGCCUUCAUGGGCCAAUACCACGAUGACGCCCGACUGCGGCAAUCGAGCUGGGAGAUGUAUUCCAAGGCGAUGACCUUGCUCAAAGACUCCGUGGCAGACGAGUCCAUGCUGAAGUCCCGCGAAAGCGUGAGUACGUCCAUCUUGCUCAGCCUCUUUGAGGCGUAUUCCAUGACCAAGGACGAUUCCUGGGCUCGACACGCGGGAGGGACGGCGUUGAUGAUGUCUCUUCGAGGCCCCAACGUCCACCGAACUGGCUUUGAUCGUUGCUUGUACCUGUCCUUUCGCAGUUUUCUGGUCGCACAAGCUCUCGUCGAGGGCAAGCUGUGCAUCUUCGAGAAGCCCGAGUGGCAAGCCCUGAUCGAUCGAAUCCGUCGGGAGGAUAUGAACGAUCCAAGAGUCGAUGAACCCAUCUCCGUCUUCAUCGACAUCUCCGACCGAAUCUUCAUGGAAAUCGCCAAGUUUCCGGGCCUUGUCAGUGAGGCGCGCGCCUUGAUGACGUCCCCCGUCAGGCAGCCAACCAAGAUCAAGCUCCUUGCGGCCCGCAUCUGGAACUGUCGCGAGACUACGCGUUCUCUUGCCGCAGAGAUGCGAACGGCCCUUUCAGUUCACGGUUACUUAUCCCGGUUGGGUGACGCUUCGUUUGUUGGUCCCAUUGCGUCGUCUUUCCCCGAGUCCUUCGCCAACUGUCUGCUUCGAGGGACGGACACGACGAUCGCUGUUCUCGACCUACUCCUGGCUGAUCUCGCCGCCAUUGAGAUGACGACCAUUAACCCGACAGCGGGCUCUGCACCGUCUUCGGUAUUACUACCUCGAGUGAAAGAUUCGCGCUUCGCCCCCGUUUGUCGCCCAUUCCGGAUCGUUUCCGGGCUGAGACAUGAUCAGUACUCUGACGGAUUCAAGGCCCAAGCUCGCGUUAACGAAUGGCUAGAUCUGGUGGCUUCGAGCAUGGGAAUGGAAGGACUGAGAGUCGUGUACGAUAUGAGCAAACCACAGACAAUACCAUUACGAUGA